CUUCCACUGACGUGUUCUGAUGCCCCAGCACCACCAGCACCCAGUCGACCGUGUUUUUGACGUUUUUGAGGACUGCCAAGGUCUGAUGAUGAUUUCUCAUGCAACAGCAUUUUGACCAUACAUUGUGUGUAUCCGAAACAGGCGACGAUGAUCAGAGAACUGACGAGGGAGGCGACGGUGUGUGGGAUGGGGAGUCCAAUUAUACGGAUGAUGAUAUCUGUGUUGAUCUCAUCAAUGAGUACGAUCCAGAGGAGAGCCAAGAUGGCCAGCAGAAUAAACCAGAAGGGAACCUUACACAACAUUUGAAGACUGCUCAAGAGCCUGACUCAGCAGCAGAAUCUUCCUCAUCUUCACUCGGAAAACGACGCCAUACUUCCGUUGAGGAUACUCCACGAAAGCUACAGCGGCGGUUCCCGUAUGAGGAUCCCAAUAACCCGUUUAUUGAUAAGGCUGUAAAUCCAGAUGAGCCGAUCAUAAUCGCUCACAAUUCUCGGUAUCACAUCUGCUUUCAAGCCCGUAAUCUUCGAUAUGGUAUACAGUAUGAGAUAGCACGUCUCGUUUCCACGGAUGUGAUCGAAUACUCUGAUAUCUUAAUCGAUGUCCUUGAUCAACUCAAAGGGAAGUCGAACCACGACGGUGUUCCUCUCGUCACUCAGGCCCUUACGCAAGUCAUUAACACGUCUUUUGGUGACUCUGCAUUCAGCAGAGAAAAAGAGGCCAAGAAUCCAUGGAAGGAAUUGGAUUUAGAGGAGGAGGCCUUGAAGAAAAACCCCAAUGGCUGUCUUGGUUUCAACGAAGUCAACAAUGAUUGGUAUGGUGGGAAGGUAAACUUCAGAGGAAAGCUGAAGAAAACAUCGGAAAAGGGAUCCUCCCCUUCCUUCAAAAUUGUCUUAGAAAAAGCCGAGCUGGGUCCUUCCAACCGUUUCGCUCGAAAAUUUGGUUCAAAAUCUUUUCUUCGCAUCAAAGUUACCAAAGAAUGUCUUUCUUACGAGAAGGAGCUAGUCUCAUUCUUCAAGCACCCCUUCAUCUUGAAUGGUUCUGUGUUUCGAGCGUUCUACGAAAAGGACAAGAAUGUAUUUUUAUUCAUGACCGAUGAGGUCGUUGAGGGUUCUGAAAUCUCCAGAAUUUCCCCUCAGAGAUUUCGACCUGAUAGGAUUUCUCUGAUUGGUUUUCUGGAUUGGCAUAAUCCUAUCAUGAAUAAUAUUACUCAAACAAUGGCCAAGUGGUCGGCACGAUUCGCAUUGGGCUUGUCUAAUUCAGCCCCAGGGAUAUUGUUGAAGACUGAACAAAUCAAGGAGAUAAAAAAUGUCGUAUCAUCCCAGGGGUCGGAUAUGACUGACGGGGCAGGCCUUGUAAACAAGGCUGCAUUGUUGAAGCUGAAGAAGAAAUUUGACUGGGAUGAUUGGCCCACGGCCAUCCAGUGCCGAAUAAAUGGGAAUAAGGGCCUGCUGUAUCAUUACCCGAGCGACGAACAUGACGAACCUCGCGUCUGGGUUCGACCGUCUCAGACGAAGAUACGUUACCCGGACUUGGCAGAUCCAGCUUUAAGGAUCAUCGAUGUCCUACGAUCGUCGCACGCCCGUAUCUCCUGCCAGCUUUCAGCAGAGGUCAUUAUUAAUCUAUGGCACAAUGGCGUACCAGCUUCGGCAUUUGAAACACUGCUCCAGAAGGGACUCGAAGAGAAUAUUAUCACUCCAUUAAUGACAUGGGAUGGGCAGAAUGCUAUGUUUGAUCUAUGGUAUGCUUUGUGUAAGUGGGGCGGGGUCAUGAUGGCUCGCACUGCACGGCGGGAGACAAGUAUGGCACGGGUCAGGGGAUAUGGUGAUCGCCAAACAGAAGAAUUUGACAUUGACGAUGAAGAUGGAAUUCAGCAACUUGGUAGGGAGCGGUCCACCGCCUGGUGGAGUGAUGAAGUUUCAGGGUGUCCUUCUGCCCUCGAGGAGACAGUCAUGUAUCUUCUCGACUCGGGCUUUACGCCAAAGAAUUGUUCAGUUCUGAAGGAUAAACUUCACCAGGUCAUUAAGUCGGCUGUCAAUAACUACGUGAGAUCAUAUCGUAUCGACGUUCCGAUGUCUGUCACAGCAUUUAUCGUCCCAGAUGAGGACAGUGAGCUGGAGGAAGGCGAAGUGUUCUUCAAAAGCUCAAAACGUAACCUGAUAGGCCCUGAUGGGCUAGAGACUGACAUGAUACUUGGAGAUGUUUUACUUACACGCUAUCCAUGCAAGCUUCCGACUGAUGUGGUUAAGUGGAGAUGUGUGGAUAAACCUCACUUGCGAAACAGGACAGAUGUAAUUAUUCUCUCAGUCAAAGGUACACACCGUGCGGCCGAAAUUCUUGCAGGAGGUGAUUAUGAUGGUGACAAGGGUGUCCUUAUCUUCGAACCGGAGCUCGUGACACACUUUGUGAAUCCGCCUUUUGCUCUAUCACUGCCACCCUAUGACUUGAAAGAGAAGUGUUUUGGGAGGACGACCAAUGAGAGAGUUGCGGAUUUUCUCGUUCGGGUCCCCCGUAAAACCGUCAGCACGAUAACAUAUAUUCAUGAAGUGCAGGAAUUUCUCCUUCGAGGUCUCACCGAUAUCUCGGUCGUUGGAGCAUACUCUAACAUGCAUGAUGUUUUGGCUUAUACGAAGGGGUAUGACCAUCCUGAAACUCUACGUUUGGCACACAUGUUCUGUUAUGUCCUUGAUGGAGCGAAGACUGGUUUGAAGGUCUUGCCACAUGUCCUUUCCAGUGAUCGCAGGGAAUACGCGCAAAAAAUUCUUGAAUGGAAGGAGUUUUCGAAGGAUCCCAAGGAAACGUCUACCGAUGAAACCAACGCUGCUAGAGCCAGGCCACUCGCUGGCAAAAAAUUUAUCAUGGACAUCAUCCAAGGCUAUGCGAAAAAACAAGGGGAAAUUCAGCUGGGCAUGGUGGAGCAAAAAAUGAACUCCUGCUCUCCCUCGGCUGUGGACGAAGAGCUCACAGCACCAUGGAAGGAAGCUUGUGUACUUGCAAAAAAAUCAAAGAGUAGACAAGAAGACCUGGACGCUAUCAAGGUACACGUGCAAAGCGUAUACCAGAAACACCGCAGCCAGGUCAACAACAUUCACGGCAGGAAAAAUGUACACGCAUCGCCGAAGAAGGGUGCUGCGUUUACUGAUUUGCCAAUUGAGGCUAGGCAAGAUGAAUUGCGAGCACUGUCCAAGGAAUUUGCUGCGAAGCCUUUACCGAGGGAUCUGGUGGCUACAACGGGGACGGAGGCUGCCAUUCUUAAGGCAUCGUAUGCGUAUCUUUACGACUUGGAGCAGCGUGCUGGCGCUGUGACGAAAUGGACAAGGUUUCCUUGGGAUGUGGCCAUGCGGGAACUGUGUGGGGUUAAGGCUCGAGCUGCGGGGCGUUGGAAGGCACUGAACGGUGAUUUUUAUGAGAGAAUGAUGAUCAAGGCUCGACGAUAAUUUCUGGGUCCUUUAGAUCUUUAUCUUUGUUGAGAUUUGGACUGUAUCCAGAGUACAUGCUUGUAAGACCUUUAGUAUUUGGAUUACAAACUCCUGAGGAGUUUCCCAUUGACUUCUCAUAUUUAUACUAGACUACUCCUUUUCUAGUAGUUGCUACCUAAUUCCUUCAAUUUCCCUCGGAUUCUUUCCUUACUCAGC